AUGUCAGCAAUAAUCAACGCUUUAUUUGGUACUUAUCCAGAUACAGAAAAUCCAGCGACUCCAAAUGUAGUUGAAGUAACAUCAUCGGAUCAUAGUGGAGCCGCAGUUCAUACAGCGGUUAGUGACGAUGUUCGAGUGAAAUCCGUUGUAAAUACAUCAACAACAACAACUGUCAACCUGCAAAGUCAAGCAAAAAUUGAUGAAUUAAUGAGAAAAUUAGGUACGACACAUAGUCAAGUUGAUGAAUAUGCCAAGAGACGCACGGAAGAAAUCAGUGCUGAUGUUGCUGCUAAUAUUCAAAGAAUUGUCACAGAAACGCAAGUCAAUCAACAGCUGCUCUUAUCUGAUGCUCAUGUUCAGAGUAUUCAAAUUGAAGAAGAAUAUAAAUGUGCAUUACAAAAAUAUGUAGAAGAAUUAGAUGCAAAAAAAGCAUCUAAAUUAGCUCAACUAGAGAGAGAUUUAAAUGUACGACAAGAAUUAAUGUUGGAAUUGGCGAAAAAACAAAUUGAUCAAUUGAAUGAUGCGGCUAAUCAAGCGAAAAUGAAUAUACUUAAGGACGCUCAGGAGCAUGCUAAUAUGCAAAUUAAUCAAAUAACAGAUCAAGUCGCUCUACUGGGAGCCGAAGAUGCUCAACGACGUCUUCAAUCGACUACAACCACUGUGAUCACAACAAACACAAAUGCAACAAGUAAUAUACAUGCACCUACAACUGCCGUUGAUGUGCAUCAGCAAGCAGCAAACAAUUUAGCUGCUGUAUCCGGAACGGUGAUUGAAACAGAGAAAUCUACACAUGUCGAAACAACGACAUCAUCAACAACGGAUUCUACUACCGGAACAAAUCAACAACAUUUUACUCAAUAA